AUGUCGGCCCUCACCCAGUCGCGCCAGGUGCCUCUCACCCAGGGCACAAGCAUCAAGAGCGACUCCGGGCAGACCUACCGCAUCGAGGAGCUACUCACCCACGGGGGUAAGACCGCGUUGCAUGUCUAUCGAGCGAGCGCGGAGGGCAAGCAAUACGUCGUCAAGAACUUGAUUCCAGGCGAAUUUGAUUAUCAAUUCGACCUGCAGAAAUCGCUCUCUCCUUACCCCAACAUCCGAACCGUAACUGAUACCGUUCGGGAGACGGAGGUGUUCAUUUACCCCUUCCUGCGUGGCGACUUGCUUCGCUUCAACAUCAAACCCAACAACAUCCUCGUCGACUACACGGAACCUGCCACCGAGGGUCAAGAGAUCAUUGUGAACCAAGUACAGAUCUCUGAUCUGGAUGCCACUGUCAUAGUUCCACCAGGACGAUGGCUCCGCGGCCCUCUGUGCGGAAACGCCAUGUGGCGAAGCGCCGAGAGCUGGGCGCGGUCCCGUCAGAACCAAUCAUCCGAUGUCUUCUCGUUUGCUCUUGUGAUGGUCUACGUAAUGGCCAACCGGAUGGUCUUGCGCGUUCCCGACGAUCAGCUCAAUGCGGAAGACGCAUGGCGCCAUAUUCUGCCCCUUCAUCUAUCGUACUUUGCCAACAUCGAUGGUUUAGAGCAGUUCCUGGACCAUAUCGGGGAAGAGAAUCCGUACUUUCAACGCAUGUUGGAGUUGGUUAGUACAUUUGGGCCGGAGAAUCCGCUACUACCGGUCAAGGGGUGGACGUUUCUAGAGCCGGAGCUGAGGGAUUUGGUGGAGAAGAUGACGCCGCUGGAUCCAAGGAGAAGGAUAACAUCGAAGGAGGCGCUGGAACAUCCGUGGUUCAAACGGACGGAAUAA